AUUUGUGACAGAUCAUUAAGAUACAUCAGAUCCCGCACCCUUCGACAGUCAUUCUCCAUCUGCCCCGCUUUAAAGCACAAUGAGAGGAACCGAAGACGGACGGAAGUCUGUGCUGAUUACAGGAUGCUCUCCUGGCGGUAUUGGGAACUCUAUGGCCCGUGAGUUCCAUCGUAAUGGCCUGCGUGUGUUCGCUACUGCCCGUGAUUCAAAGACAAUCGAAGAUCUAUCGUCUAUUGGGGUUGAGACUCUGAGUCUUACUGUUGACGAUGAGGAAAGCGUUCGACGAUGCUUUGAAGAAGUAAAAGGGAAGCUUGGGGAGAAAGGACUGGAUUAUCUCGUCAAUAACGCUGGCCGGAAUUAUACUGUGCCAGCUAUGGAGGCAGAGCUCUCCGAAAUCCGUGACACGUUCGAAACAAACUUUGUCGCGGUUGUACACAUUUGCCAGACCUUCCUACCACUUCUUAUGAAGGCUAAGGGAACUAUUGUACAGAUUGGUUCUGUUGCUGGGGUUGUUCCCUACGUUUUCGGGUCCGUAUACAACGCCUCGAAGGCUGCCGUGCACUCGUUUAGCGAUGCCUUGCGUGUGGAACUAGCUCCGUUCGGUGUGCACGUCACUACCGUCGUUACCGGGGGUGUGCAAUCUCGCAUCGCCCGUGUCAAGCGUACUCUGGUUCCCGGCUCAAUCUAUGCACCAAUUGAGGACGAAUAUAACCGACGGGUGGUACAUAGCCAGGCUGGGGCCAUGCCAAACGAAGCAUACGCUCGCAGCGUGGUCACACAGGUUCUCUAUGGGUCUGCACCAUGGCGCUGGAUUUGGCCCUGGGCGCAAGGUCGGAAGAACUGGAUCUGGGAAGGUAACAAAAGCUGGUUGAUCUGGCUGCUUAUGGGAGGAUGGGCUUGGAAUGGCCUGUCUGGGAAGAUUGUGACGAAGAUGUUCAAACUCAACAGACUCAGAAGAGCUGCUGGGAAAUGAAGGGAGAGGGGAUGGCGUAAGGACGGAUGAAUCUGUUCUGUUGGACGGGGUUCACGUCGAUCCUUCAGGUCAUUCGUUCCAAGUGUAGUAUUAGCAUUCCAAAACACGGCGUUUACUGGUUGGGAUGUCA